AUGUCUGCGGAACCACUUCACGUGAACUUCCCUGGCAAAACCUCCGCCACACCAGGCGAGGAAUUUGAGGUCCGCCAGACAUCCGCAUCGGAGGAUUACCACCCCGACCCGUCGAAAUCCUUGCCUCUCUCACCGGCCCGUCAGAAACUCAUUGACGAUAUCAUUGCCCUGUACUCGAUGAAGCCUACCGUCGAGAGGGUAAAGCGGUACACGGCCGACUGCGUGUACGACGACCAGUUCGUUUACGCCAAUGACCGGUACAAGAUGGCUGGCCAAUGGUUCGCGCUGCCGAAGCUCUUCAACGCCAGCGUGAACGAGGGCUACCAGAUUGUCAAGAACGACCGCGACCUGAUCCAGUUCAAGAACGAGCAGAGCUGGACAUUCAAGCUGAUCCCCAAGACCGCGACGAUCAACGCGCUCGUCAGCCUCAGUCUGGACCCAGGGACCGUGGAUAGCGAUUUCAUUCAGGUCAAGUACCACAAGGACCAGGCCAACGACAAAGACUACAGCCACGAGGGCGUCGGUUUUUCGUUCAAGAAGUGGCAGGCCGACAACGUUGCCAAGCACAUGGAUAGUAAGGAGGUGGAGGCUUUCGUUGCGGACAAGGACGCCAGCAAGAACGACGUGAAGAAGUACGGUAGUGGGAAAGCCGAAGGUGAUGCGCCAAUGAAGAGCUUCUGA